AUGGAACUUAAGGAGCAGUCGGCCGAGGCAAUCUCCACGAUCUUGAGCCAUGUAGCAGACAUGCAUGGGAUUAAAACUGCUCUCUACGACACUACACGACAAUCUUUGCAAGACCCGGAACGCGAAGUCACCGCACUCCAAGAGGAACACGAGGCCGAACUCAAGGCCAAGGAUGAAGAGAUCAAAGCCCUGAUGGAGUCGGCGAAUGAUCUGCGCGAGAACCGCCGAGAUAAAGACGACAUGAUCGCCAUGACCAAGGAGAUGAACAACUUCCUUGUCGGUCAACUCCAGGAACUAAAGGAGCUGUACAAGGCCAAAGAAGAGAACAUGCGUCUAUUGAUGACCGAGCAGAAGAAGCAGGCGGAAACGCGACUGAAGGCAGUUCCCAAACGCAAACUUCCGGCUCAUGCUCGUUUUCCUUGA